GAGAGACGUGUCCGUCAGUCGUCGUAAAGUCAAUUUUUCUGAAAUCGAAUUGCUUGCUGAAACUAAUGUAUGAAAAUAAAAUUGCUGUGAUUUAUUAGAUUUACUGUAAGUGUUUGUGAAAAACACAAUGCCGGCUACUGCUGUAGCGAAGCCGACAAAUGGCUCUAAUAAAGGAAUAUUUAAUAAUACGGCCGGCUUCAGUACUCUUAUUACAGUUACUGUAUUGUCGUUGGCUUGGUUGGCCGGUUUCGCGUCCCGGCUCUUUGCAGUAAUUCGAUUUGAAAGUAUAAUUCACGAAUUUGAUCCAUGGUUCAACUAUCGUUCUACGGCUUACAUGGUAGAGCAUGGGUUUUACAAUUUCUUGAAUUGGUUCGACGAGCGAGCGUGGUAUCCGCUGGGUCGUAUCGUCGGUGGUACUGUGUACCCUGGCCUUAUGAUCACUUCAGGAACAAUUCAUUGGAUACUGCACACUUUGAAUAUACCUGUUCAUAUAAGAGAUGUUUGUGUAUUCCUUGCUCCUGUGUUCAGUGGUCUUACAGCCAUAGCAACAUACCUAUUGACAUCUGAGCUCUGGUCUAGGGGUGCUGGUCUUUUUGCCGCUUGCUUCAUAGCAAUAAUCCCCGGCUACAGCAGUAGAUCAGUUGCAGGCAGUUAUGACAAUGAGGGUAUAGCCAUCUUUGCCCUGCAAUUCACUUAUUACCUGUGGUUAAAGAGUGUUAAGACUGGGUCGGUGUUUUGGUCAAUAUGCACUGCCCUGUCAUACUUUUACAUGGUGUCAGCAUGGGGCGGCUACGUUUUCAUCAUCAACCUGAUACCCCUUCAUGUCUUCGCCCUGCUGGUAAUGGGACGCUUUUCCCAGAGGCUCUUUGUGAGCUACAGCGUCUUCUACAUUGUGGGACUGCUGCUGUCCAUGCAGAUCCCGUUUGUUGGCUUCCAGCCAAUCAGGACCAGCGAGCAUAUGGCCGCAUCAGGUGUAUUUGCACUGUUGAUGGCGAUUGGCGCGCUCAAAUACCUGCACAGUCUGAACCCCAAGGGCCAGUGGAAGCAACUCCUCAUCUUCGGCGGACUGGCCGCGGCGGCUCUGGUCUUCCUAGCUGUGGUGCUGCUCACCUAUAUGGGAGUCAUUGCUCCGUGGAGCGGACGUUUCUACUCGCUGUGGGACACGGCAUACGCUAAGAUCCACAUUCCCAUCAUAGCGUCGGUGUCGGAGCACCAGCCGACCACGUGGUCGUCUUUCUUCUUCGACCUGCACGUGUUGGUGUGCACCUUCCCGGUGGGGUUGUGGUACUGCAUCAAGAAUAUCAACGAUGAACGUGUUUUUGUGGCGCUAUACGCACUCAGCGCGGUAUAUUUCGCCGGAGUGAUGGUCCGGCUGAUGCUGACGCUGACGCCGGUAGUGUGCGUGUUGGCCGGCGUCGCCUUCUCCAUCAUGCUGGACCUGGUGCUGCGAGAGGAUGAGCUGCCCACUCAGCAGGUUGAGAAUGAUGAGUCCAAGAACUUGUAUGACAAGGCCGGCAAGUUAAAGAAGCGCACUCACGAGACGCCGGCGGCCGCAGACACAGGACUAGGCAUGAACGUGCGUUCUGGCAUGCUGAUCGCAUUCAUGAUCCUGCUGAUGCUGUUCUCAGUUCACUGCACGUGGGCCACGUCUAAUGCGUACUCCAGUCCUAGUAUCGUCCUCGCUAGCUAUGGCAACGAUGGUUCGCGUCGUAUAUUGGACGACUUCAGAGAAGCGUACGGCUGGCUGUCGCAGAACACCGCAGAGGACGCGCGCGUCAUGUCCUGGUGGGACUACGGUUACCAGAUAGCAGGCAUGGGCAACCGGACCACACUAGUGGACAACAACACAUGGAACAACUCUCACAUAGCGCUAGUGGGCAAAGCGAUGGCGAGCAACGAGAGCGCCGCGUACGAGAUCAUGACGGCUUUAGACGUGGACUACGUGCUGGUUAUAUUCGGGGGCGCUAUAGGCUACUCUGGAGAUGACAUCAACAAGUUUAUCUGGAUGGUCCGCAUUGCUGAGGGAGAACACCCUAAGGAUAUCCAUGAAGCUGAUUAUUUCACUGAGCGCGGAGAAUACAGAGUGGACAAUGAAGCCUCGAAGACUAUGUUAAAUUGUCUUAUGUACAAGUUAUCAUAUUAUAGGUACGACAGCGGCGGCAGCCCGGCCGGCUACGACCGCACGCGCGCCGCGCUGCCCGGCCUGCGAGGCUUCCAGCUCACGUACCUCGAGGAGGCCUACACCUCCGAGCACUGGCUCGUCAGGAUAUACAGAGUUAAGAAACCAGACGAGUUCAAUCGUCCUCGAUUGCCGUUAGCAAAGAGAACGAUUCAAACUUCUAAUGCCCUAUCCAAGAAGCCUGCGUUAGGAGCGGGACCAAUGGUAUAGUAACAUUGUGACGCUAAUUAUCUAGACAUCAAAAAGAAGAAAAGGCCUACUUAAAAACAAGCCAACGAUCGUGAAGGGAAAGAAAGUGGGUCGGCUGGAGUGACCCGCGACAUUCGACGUUCCAUAUCAGUGGUAAAUAUGCGAGUUGCACCAAUAUAUACGUACAUUGAUUGAGAUACAGAAUGUCUCGGUAGGCCACGGAAAUCUAAGUAAUAUUGCGUCGCGCCACAAAAAAAUACUCCAGUCACUGUCGCUGACAAUAACAACUUACGGAUUGGUUAUUGAUAGUUCCACAUAUUGCCGUGACUCUUUUGCGUAGCGUGGAUAUUAUUUAAAUUUUUGUUGGAUAGGCUGUGUUAUGUAAUAAUGAGUAAUUUAAUCAGAGUUUUAAAUUAAUUCAACGGCGAGAAGGUACCCUGUGUUUCUGUGUACGUUUGGGUCAAAAAACGUAAUUUGCUGAAAAUAAAAAUGAAAAAAUCAAAAAUCAGUCAUUGUUAUCAUUAAACUAGCUUUUAAAGGGUUAAAUUAAUUUUCCGUUUCGAAAUUAUAAAGUCUGCCUACGUUUGUAACAUUGCAAUUAUUUGUGUAUGAUCACAUAAAUGUAAAAAAAAAAGUAAAAAAAUGCAAGUUGUAAUUUUGUUAUUUCAUAAAUAAAAAAAACGACUCAUUAUAGCAUAACACAGCCGUGUAUUGAGAUGCAUAGGUUUCUCUGUAUUAAAAAAGGUUGUGUAGCCAAAAUUUAAAUACAGUUCAUUCUAUUGUUAAUUAGACCGAUAUUUGAAAUAUUUUGCAGAUAUUAACUUAUAACUAUUAUCCCAGCACGAAUAUUUGCGAGAACGUAAUCGUUGAAAUGUAUACAUAUGAAAACACGUAAGAUAGAGGCGCUGUUCAUUUUUCAUUAAAAUAAAUAUUGAUAUGUAAAAUAAUUUGACAUGAUUUCGUUCUCGAAACAACUCUUGCUAUGCUACCCCUGGUUUUAAUCUUCAACAAAUUAUACAGAGAUCUUUAUAUGGAAAGUUAAUGUGUGAAUGUGUGUCUAGCAAUCGUUGCAUCCUUACCACUGAUUUAUAAUACAAAUGACUGACACCAAUCCGUAUUUAGUCCAUUAGGUAGAAGUUUCUUAAAGUUUGUAGGCGGUUUAGUUGAAUUUGGUCGAGGUGUUACAUCUGUGGAUGGGCGAGUGUUGUAUUGUAGGACUAAUUUGUAAUUAUUAGUCGGCCGUAACUACUAAACGUUUGUUAAAUUGUAAUCCAACUGUUAGGUUGUAGCCGAAUGCCGAAACCAGGCAAAAUUAUGUUCAUUGAAAUUUAAGAUUUAUUGCGUUGACUGUAGAUAUACAUUAGAUUGACAAAGUGGCGGGUUGCUUGCUUACAAUUCCCGUAGUGUCAAUAUAAAGUAUGUGCACAGUGAGCGCUUUGAAGCUCACUUUUAUUGAACGUUAUUUUGUGGGCAGUCGACUCUCACCUUACUGAGAUUUUCAGAUAUAUUUGACUACCUAACUAGUUGAUGAAGAAGGACAAGCGUCUUUUUUUACAGUUGAUUAAUACAGUUUUUUGUUCAGUACCCAUUUUAAUAUCCUUUAAGAUUUUCACUUUUGUUUUAAUAAAAUGCAAAUGCACGUUUUCAAUAAUUAUUAUCGAUAAGACGUAAUUUUUUUAAGUUUUAUUUUUUCUCACAGAAAUGUGUCGUAUGUUUUGAUUUUAUUUUGGCAUGAAUUUUGGAAAUAUUCAUAUCUCAUUUCGUUAAUUACUCAUUAUUUUAAGAUCAAUACUUUCAAUAAUAGGUGCAGUCUGUGUUUAUUUUAAACAUACAAAUCAUUUAAUAAUUUAAUUUUUAAAAACAUUAUUCCUGUAACCUACAACACAUCACGUCGCACAGUUCAUGAUUUCAUAGUAAAUAUCGAAAAAAAAAGUAAUUGCUACGUCCAUUUGUAUGUUAUAAAAUAUAAUUAAAUAUUUAGCAUUAUUUGUCUCGUUAUCACCCUAUUAUGUCACUGUGUUUUUAAUUAUAAAUAUUUGCCGUGUCUCCGUUUGACAAAUAGUAUAUGCUGGACAAUAUAGCCUUUUAUUUUUAGUUUGCAGUGUCGGCGGGUUGAUGAGUGUCACAAAUAAUAAUAUCUCACGGUGCUGUAAUUUUUUCUUCAUUGUAAACAUAAAAAUAGUCAUAUUAGAUUUGAAAACGGAGACAUUUUGUUAAGAAUGAUAUAAUAAUACCUCGCUUCAUUUUAGUAAGUACUUACAAAGUUUAGUUUCACUUAUUUUAGCCAAUUCAAUAUUGAUGCCAUUAAUAGGGUGUAUACAUAGUCGUUGUCAAAUAAAUGCAAUCAUAUUUUUGUGAGUCUUUGUUAUAUGUAUUGAUAGAGUACCAAAGUUUGAUACUUGACAGAUGUCGUCAUUGAUAUGAUAGGUCCGCUGUUCGCGUAACAACAUGGAGCAAAGAAACAAUUAUAAUUAAAUAUUUGGAUCUGAAUCCAUCAGUAGAUUGAAAACAUAAUGUUGUAAUUUAACAUAUUGUUAUUAUUAUUGCUACUCUUUCAUUAAAAGUGGAACAUAGUCACAGAGCAGCGCAGCGGAGCGUAAAUUUCAUCAAAGAAUGUCUUAUUAUUUGGUGUUUUUAAAAGGUUGGUUAACUGAUAUCAUAUCUACUGUAUGUAUAAGAUUGCCUUCAUAGUUCAUAGUAGAAAAAUCGCAGCUUAUUGCAAGUUCUCAUUUUGAGUUCUAGAAAUUCAUUAAUGAGUUCUUGAAAUAAGCCAACGUAAUAUUUAAUAAGUUUAAAGUCUGUAAAGUGUAAAAACUAGACCAAAAGAAAAAUUUGAUCUAUUUGCUCUUAAUCCGAAAUAAAUGUUCUUGUAAUUUGCCAAUAAAACUGUUUUAUAAACGAAUGAAUUGUAACUAGGUAGUUAACCAACCCAAUGAAAUUGAAGUUUUAAAUUUUAAUUUAUUGAACGUGUAUUAUUUGGUGAAUGUUUGAACUAUUUCGUAUUUUAUGUUGUGGUUUCCAGCACACUUUGUUUUCGUAUUAGUAACAGAGUUUUAUCGAUCUGUAGAUAAGUUGUUCAUUGUGAUCACAAUGUUCUUAAUAAACAGAUGGAGAAAA